GACGAGAGUGAGUGGCGCCGGGCGUACGUGGUACUGGUGUUCAUACUACAUGGCUUUGUCUGGGGUGGUAGCAGGCCCGCCGAGGUUGGUAACACGGUUCUCCCCCUCUCACAGAUGCUACAUCCUGAUGCUGACGAGGUGUUGGCGGGGCCAGAAAAUCCCUCCCCAAUUGACGGUGCCGCUGCUCGCUGCGUGUGAUCAUCUGGGGCUGCCGCCCGUCGCAACCUAUGCGGGCGUGUGCCUGUGGAAUUACAAGCCCAUCUUCCCCGACGAGCCGGUGGAUGACCUGCGUAACCUGGACAGCCUCAACACCUUCACGGGCUCCUACGACGAGAAAUGGUUCUAUCUAGUCUCGGUAGCAAUCGAGGCUCGGGGCGCCCCGGCCAUCCCGCUGGUGCUACAGGCGAUUGCGGCGGCACGGGCUGGCAACAGUCUGGUGGUGACGGAGAGUUUGCAGGGGUUGGCCGAGGUGAUCGACGAGGUGGGGUCCCUGCUGGAGCGCAUGUACGAGCACUGCGACCCCUAUGUGUUCUACCACCGCAUCCGGCCCUACCUGGCGGGCAGUAAGAAUAUGGCGGACGCCGGGCUGCCUCACGGGCUGCUGUACGACACUGGCCGGGGCGAGCCUGAGUACCGGCAGUACGGCGGGGGCAGCAACGCGCAGAGCUCGCUGAUCCAGUUCUUCGAUCUAGCGUUGGGGGUGGAGCACCGGCCCACGGGCGAGACGGCACGUGCGGGAGGUGCCCCUGUGAGCCAGCAGAAGGAAGGUAUGGUUGGAGCACCGCGCCACGGCUUCAUCCAGGAAAUGCGCUCCUACAUGCCCACGGCGCACCGGCGGUUCUUGGAGCAUGUGAGUGCGGUGGCCAACGUGCGGGAGUACGUGGAGGCACGCCGCUCGGACAAGGCGCUAUGCAUCGCGUACGAUUCGUGCCUGUCGAUGCUGCGCGUGCUGCGCGACAAGCACAUCCAGGUCGUGUCGCGGUACAUCAUCAUCCAGUCGCGCGAUGCCCGGCCGGCGCGGCGCGCCACCAGCCCGCGACGACCGCCGCCGCCGCAGCAGAUGGCGCAGGCGACGAACCUGGCGACGGCGCGGUACGGGGAGAAGGCGGACCCAAAGAAGCUGCGGGGCACGGGGGGCACCGCGCUGAUUCCGUUCCUGAAACAGGCGCGGGACGAGACGGGUGAGCCAGCCAUUGACGCGUGGGCGCGACGUCUACUAAGCAACGGGCCGUCCGAGACGAGCUUUGCGGCGCUGAGCAAGGUGGGCGAGAACCACGAUGGCCAUCUGCAGGUGGUUGGGCUGUCGGGGACGUGGGCGGCGGAUGACAGCGAAGGGGGGAUUUGUCAUUGGUAGUUUUCUUCCUUUGACGACGUACUAGACAUCCCUUCUAUCUUUCUUUCUCCUUUACAAGGUUUAGCAAGCAUUGAGCGUUCUUCACUACAGCUACAGGCUCAGCCACAAUCACAGCAGGUACAGCAUGAGUGUACUGUGUCUUUCCGAGAGCAGUGGGGUCAUCUUACCCCGCCCUGUCAUCAUUUGUGUUUCUGUACAUAGAUCGCAUCCAGAAUGAACCACAAACAGUUGGAUAUC